GACAAUAAAUGCUAAAUCAUUGCAAAGAGACAAAAUGGAACUAAGCCAAACUCUUCCUCAGUCCUUACAAUCUUCACUCGGAGCUCAAAAAGCCAGAAGUAGUGGCGGUGCUCAUCUCCUUAAUUAAAGAAUGGAAACAAAAGACCAGAGAAAAGUCACAUUCAAUCCCGAUGUAGAACAGGCCUAUCUUCUCGAUGGUAAAUGGAGUUUUCUGAGGUACCUUUUAACUCUGAAUGAAGAGAUAAACCUCCAGAUAGUUUGUGACACUCUAGAGGAUCGAGGCGUAUUGACUCCCUCGGAUAAAGACGACGUGCUGCAACAGGGAACAUAUAAAGACAGAAUAGACACGUGCAUACAACGGGUCCUCAAGUCAUGCCCUAGCGGAUAUAACCAAUUCUGUGAAGUCCUAAAGGAUUGUGGGUACAAUCACGUGGUUGAAAACUUGAGAACUGAGAGAGAAGACGCGGACUCAAUCAGUAAAUAUACUCUGAAUUCCGAAGAUUUUUAUGAAAAAACGGCAAAGGAUAUUUCUAUGCCAUGGGAUGGUAGUUCGCCUCUGAAUACUUCCUUUAGUGAACGAGAAGAGAAACUAGCAAUUGUCGGUGUGAAAAUGUCUUUGUCUACACUAUCUAAGGAUACAAAAGCCUCCCAAAGAGAAUUCAAUACAAUCAUACAGAGACAGUCUGAACUAGAGAAGCAACUGGCAGACGUGAUGAAAACUUUGGACAGUGCUAAAGACGCAUUGAUACGCGAGAGGGAAGAGAAGGCACAGCUUCUGCAGCAGCUACGCUUCAAGGACGACGAAAUUGCGGACAUGCAAAGAAAAUAUAGAGACUUGCAAAACGCCAUGGGGAAAUUGAAAGAGACAAACAAUCGAUUUCAUGAAAGAGUCACAAAGUUACAAAACUUAAAUGAAAAAAGUCAGCAGAUAAGUCAGUUGAAAAGAACAAUCGAGGAUCAAGAAUUACAGAUCUCAAACCAGGAGCACGUGAUCAACAAGAAACUAAGCAUGAUCGAGCAUUUAGCGUCUGGUCACCAGAGGUUAGCAGACGGACAGAUAAAAUUAGAGGACUUGUUGGUCAAGCAGAACGAGGAAAUCAUGAAACUUGGUUCUGAGAAAGAGAGCGCGCAUCAGCUGCUGGCUCAGCAACAGAAACAGUUGAACACUCAACAGGCGUCACUGGCUAUAUUACAGGAGAAUCUAGAGAGACUAGAAAUGACAGUGCUCACGCAACAGGAGCAGCAGAACGUGCUGGCGAUACUACCACCAAGCGAUCAGAAUUACCGCGGGAAGAAACAGCCGCCGACUACUAAACCAAUGCUGACCAGGCCAUUCAAUACAUCUGGGAAAGUAGAAAAUUCUAAAAACUUGUACUGGAAAAAUCCGAACGGAAACAAAAUGAAAUGA